UCAAAGUCAGAGGCAGUUUGCUCUGCCCGGAGUCAUAGCUAGACGUUAUUUAUCCUUUUGAUAUCAGCGGAAGAAAGAAGUUACGCAGCGCAAGCAUGUCCAACAGUAGAGACCUUGAGGAUCUUAAUGAAGAGGACAUCGAUGAGGAUGAAAUCCUUGCUAUGCUUUCACCUGAGGAGCUGAAGGAGCUCCAGAGUGAGAUGGACGUUAUUAUUGCCCCAGAUGAGAGUGUACCGGUUGGACAGCGACAGAAGGACCAGACGGAGAAGCCUCCGACGGGGACGUUCGACCACAGAUCCCUGGUUGAUUACCUCUACUGGGAGAAAGAGUCCAAACGUAUGCUUGAGGAAGAAAGAGUGCCUGCCACUCUGCUCCCCAGUGAGAAAUCUUUGAGGGAGGAAGCUGAAAAGAAGGAAAGUGAAGAAAGCACAAAGGACGGAGCAUAUGAAGUGUAUGAAGUGAUAGAGGAAAUUAUUGAGGAAGAAGCUGUAGAUGGAGCAGAUGGAGCGGAAAUUAUAGAGGAAAUCAUUGAGGAAAUCAUUGAAGAGGCUGAUGAGAGGGAUGAAACAGAGAAAGACGUGGAGGUGAGAGAGGAGAAAGCGGUGAAGUCACCUGUGGACACGGUCGAACAUGAAAACACAGACAAACAUGUAGUGUGUCCAGACAACAACGCAGAAAAAACACCAGAACACAAUACAGAUGACCAUCAGCCUCUUUCAGAUACAAAGGAGAAGAGUGAGAGCUUAGCCCCAGAACACAGCACAUCUCAAGCUGAAGACGAAGAGGAAAUUAAAACUACAGACUCUUCGCUUUCUAAAGAGGCUCCAGAGGAGGCCGAGAUGAAUGAAACCAACGAUAAGCUCCCACAGAAAGAAGAGAAAAAAAUUAACAAAUUAAAAAUUCCAAAACUGGCACUCAACAAUAUAAAAAUGACAUCAAGACCCUCAGGAAAUGAGACAAACUUGGAUUCAACGCUUGACAAAAUCCGUAAAAACAGCCCGUCUGUCACCGAGGUAAACCUCAACAACAUAGAAAACAUUCCCAAAGAGAUGCUGUUAGACUACGUCAGCGCCCUGAAGAAGAACAAGCACGUGAAGACCUUCAGCAUCGCCAACACCGGCGUCGAUGAAAACAUCGCCUUCAACCUGGCCAACAUGCUGCGAGAGAACCGCAGCAUCACGACGCUGAAUAUCGAGUCCAACUUCAUAACCGGAAAGGGCAUCGUCGCCAUCAUCCGCUGCCUGCAGUUCAAUGAGACUCUCACGGAGCUGCGCUUUCACAACCAGAGGCACAUGCUGGGUCACCACGCGGAGAUGGAGAUCUCACGCCUGCUCAAGGCCAACAACACCCUCCUGAAGAUGGGCUACCACUUCGAGCUGCCCGGGCCCAGGAUGGUGGUGACCAACAUCUUAACCAGGAACCUCGACCGUCAGAGGCAGCUGAGGAAGGAGGAGCAGAAGCAGCAGCAGCUGAAGGAGCAGAAGGAGAUGAUGCAGAUGUAUGAGAACAGUCUAAACCUGCCUCCUGGCUUACUUGAGAUGCUCGGGUACAUACCGCCUCUAGAGCUCCUGCAGGAGCACGGGCUCGUCCCGCCCUCGACAACGCCGAGCUCCGUACCUCAAACACAACACCAGGCGGAGCAGCCCAAGAAGCAGCUCAAGCACAACAGCACUCCCAAACAACCCAGUGCCGAACCAGCAAGCCCGCUAAGGGACGUCCAGCUGAAGCGCACUCCCAAGAAGCGUGACCCUUUUCUGGACCUGGACCCGAGGGAUAGCAGCAGACCAGAUAGGGCAAGCUUUCAACUGAGGAAGACUCCCAAAGCGAAGGACCUAGGCAGCGGAGAGGUGACGGACGAAAAAACAAACCUGACGGACGUGAUUAAGACUUUGAAGCCCGUCCCUCGCAGACGAGUGCCGCCAAAGGUUGAGCUCACACCUCGUGAUAAGCUCCUCACUGAGAUCAAACAGAGCAACGUGGCCUAUCUCAAAUCUGUGCCGCUACCGAAAGUCCUGGAAUCAAGUGAAACGCAACUCCUCUAAGGCUGCAACUUCAGCUGUUUUUUUCUUCUUCACCGUACUAAAAGUUUGUUUAACACAAAUUUGGUAUUAGUCACUCUAAAACUACUCAAAUGAACUGUGCAAAAUGAAAGAUAACUGAACUUUAAAUACACAUUGGCUGAUUGUUUUUCCACUCGUGUUCUCACUAAAUUGCUGCUGUUGGCGUAACAAUAAAAGGCAUAAAAAUGUAAGGAGUUUGUCACCAAAACGCCCUACAUUCAAUUUACAUGAAAACGUAUUACCUCUUUCAUCAUUUGUCAUCUCCAAAGCACAGAGCAUAGUGGAAGUAUUGUUUGUUCAGAGGACUUUUGGAUAUUGUCCAAACACAUGACGAAUUCUUCAGAUUUUGUGCAAAAAAAAAAACAAACCACUUUUAAAAUAGGUUUGUUUGAUUGAAUGUGUGAUGAUUCAUUUUGGAGAAAAUCUGUUCCAUAUAUUUGCAUUUGCUCUCUGCCCGGGGAUUCUUUCCCUGCUUCUUUUUUUAUUAAAAUGAAAUGGCACUGUGUCACUGUGCUAUCAGUGUCAAACUAAAUGAAUUCUCAGUGAAUCAUUGUAGCAAAACUGCCGUGCUGAUAAUUAGCCAAACUGACUCGAAU